AUGUACUCCAUCCUCGCCAUCGCAGCGCUGCUGAGCACCGCUCAAGCAGCAACCUACUCUGGUGUGGCCACUUUCAACGACUACGCUGCACAGAGCAACACCGUCUGUGGUCCCAAGAGUGGCGUCUCCGGCACGUAUGGCGUCGCUCUCGGCGACCUUUCGCCCAACAUUUGGUCUGGUAGCAAGUGCUCUGGCAGCAUUAACAGUAGCAAAUGCAAUGGUCAGCUCCCCGUCUCUGGCUACUCAGGUCCAGCAUGCCCAACGACAACAUGCGGCGAAUGCUUCAGGGUUUGCAACAAAGGCGGCUAUGGUGGAGCCUUCAUCGGUGGCGUAGGCAACUGCGUUAUCGCCAAUGUCAUCGACGUUUGUCCUUCCGAGUCGGCGUACAAUUUCUGCAAGACAGAUGUACCGGCAGCCGAAAGAUGUGGUACCAGCAGCACGAACUCGAUUGACUUGGACGAGAGUGCGUACUCGGCGUUGACUGGGGAGAGCUUUGGAAGUGGCCCGAACCUGCUUGUCAGCAUUACGCCGAGCAGCUGCUAG